GAAAAUCAGGCAAGAUUCAGUUCGUCUACGCUUACAACAGCUCCGCGCCCCACGCCGCCUCCUCCUACCGCACCGCCGUCGCCCCCUUCGCGCCCUACACGGCCGAGCGGUCCACCCACCACCACCCACUCCCACCCCCUGACCCCCAGGAGCGGCUGCCCUCGGACACAGAGCAGCUAGCGGGCACGGAUCAGGACCAGGAAGAGGAGGAUUCCGAGGAGGAGCGCGCAGGUAGCGGACCCUCCGUCAAACCGCUCAUCGCAACGACAACAAUAGUACCGGAAGCGGUACAAAAGGAAGCACCAGCGGCGCAAGGAGCAACAGAGACGGCAGCAAUGGCGGUGGUGCGAAAGAAACAGGACGACAAGUACCUGCUCGCCCUGCGGGAACUGGUGGCCAGCGGGUCGGGGGGCAAUCGGCAGUGCUUCGAUUGCGGGCAAAAGGGACCGACCUACGUGAACAUGACCAUCGGAUCCUUUGUCUGCACCCGCUGCUCCGGAGUCCUACGCGGUCUUACGCCUCCACAUCGGGUGAAAUCCAUAUCGAUGGCCACAUUCACACAGGACGAGAUCGACUUCCUGCGCGCCCACGGCAACGAGCUGUGUGCCAAGACCUGGCUGGGAUUGUGGGAUCCCAAGCGGGCUGUCCACCAGCAGGAGCAGCGUGAGCUGAUGAUGGACAAGUACGAGCGGAAGAGGUACUACCUGGAGCCGGCCAGUCCUCUGAAGUCCCUGGCCAAUGCGGUCAACCUGAAGUCAUCCGUGCCGGUAACGAAUCACAUUCAGAAUGGCCACCACAAUGGCUAUGCCAGCAUCCAUCUGACGCCUCCGGCUGCCCAGAGGACCUCGGCCAAUGGAUUGCAGAAAAUGGGCAACUCAUCCAGCAACAGCUCCUCGGGAAACUCCUCCUCCUCGAUCAGCCGGCCACACCAUCAUCAUCAUCAUCACAACAACAGCCAAAACAACAAUCACGAUGCCUUUGGUCUGACUGGAGGAUUGAGCAGCCUCAACAGCGCCGGUUCCACAUCCACCGGAGCUCUCUCGGACACCAGCAGUUGUGCCAGCAACGGCUUCGGUGCGGACUCCGACUUCGUGGCCGACUUUGGCUCGGCCAACAUCUUCGAUGCCACAUCAGCGCGCUCGACAGGAUCGCCGGCGGUGUCCUCCGUCUCCUCGGUGGGCUCCAGCAAUGGCUACGCCAAGGUGCAGCCCCUCCGGGCAGCCCAUCUCCAGCAGCAGCAACAGCAACUGCAGCAGCAGCUCGUCAAUGGAAACGGAAAUGGCCACCAGGGUGCUGAGAACUUUGCAGACUUUGAUCAUGCACCCAUCUUCAAUGCAGUGGCUCCACCAACUUUCCACGAUUGGAUCAGCGACUGGAGCAGGCGGGGCUUCCACGAUCCCUUCGACGACUGCGAUGAGUCGCCACCAGGUUCAGCUCCUCCGGUUCCAGUGCCUGCUCAAGCUCCCGCUGUAUCAUCACCACUGCCAACCGUCCAAGAGGAACCAGAAGAGCUGGCGUGGAACUUCUGGCAGGAGGAGAUGCGAAUAGAGGAGCAGGAUGAGGAGUCCCAACCAUCCCAACAGCAGGAGCUGAGCUACUCCUUUUUCAAUAGCACUCCGCCCCUUUCCCCCUCGAAUCCCUUCCUGCCCUACUUAAGCAAUGAGGAGCAGCAUCCGCAUCCUCCAGAGAAGCCCUCCUAUUCGUAUUUGUUGUUCAGCUCCAUAUCAAACAGUUCCCCAGAAGAGCCUCAGGUGGAAGAUCAUGAGAUGAAUAUUUUAAAUGCCAAUUUCCAUGAUUUCUUUACGUGGAGUGCGCCCUUGCAGAAUGGCCAUGCGACAAGUCCGCCCAAAGGCGGAAGUGCAGCGAUGGCGCCCAGUGAGGAUCGAUAUGCUGCUCUCAAGGAUCUCGACGAGCAGCUUAGGGAACUGAAGGCCAGCGAAUCUGCCACGGAGGCACCCACGCCCACUAAUGGCAACGGCCAGGCCACAGAUGCCUUUGGUGGUGAGUCCCCCUCACAGAGUCCUUCCCUUUUUGUGAGCCUCGCUAAUUGGGCUCUUGUCUUUUCAGCCCUCAACAACAAUCCAAAUCCCUUCAAGGGCCAGCAGCAGCUCAGCAGCCAUGUGGUGAAUCCAUUCCAGCAGCAACAGCAGCAGCAGCAGCAGCAGAAUCUCUAUGGCCAGUUGACGCUCAUACCAAAUGCCUACGGCAGCAGUCCCCAGCAGCAGAUGGGCCACCAUCUCCUCCAGCAGCAGCAGCACCAGCAACAGAGCUUCUUCAACUUCAACAACAACGGGUUCGCCGUCUCACAGGGCCUGCCCAACGGCUGCGGCUUUGGCAGCAUGCAACCCGCUCCGGUGAUGGCCAACAAUCCGUUUGCAGCCAGCGGCGCCAUGAACACCAACAAUCCAUUCUUAUGAGACUCGAGCCGGGAGAAUUCGCCACUCGCCACUUGGCAGAGGCGCUGAGCCACCAGCCACCAGCGAACAAAGAGCAGAAGCAUCAGCAGCAGCAGAAGCGGAGGAGCCGAACCGAAAUUAGUCCAUUUUACGAACAAUAGCGUUAAUCUAUAUAUACAUAAUACACGCCGGAGCACAGUCUCUGUGUACAUAGCUCAAAUAUGUACACCCCGAAGGGCUCCACCACGCUGACGCUAAUCCUGGAGAGAGGCGGCGCACAGCGGCAGCGGGCUGGGGCGUUGAUAUAUUCUUUUACAUGGUAACUCUACUCUAACGUUUACGGAUACGGAUGUUUGUAUUUGCCGUUUGCCCUAGAACUCUCUACUUGUACUAAGCGCGCCCAUCAUCCACUUACUAACAUAGCUACUAAUCCCAAUCCUAGUGCAGGAUGCAGUUGGCCCAGAUUCUGUUAUUUGCUUUGUCUGUCCUCGUAAAUGUCUUUGUCCCAUUUAGCACUUUCGUUGCGGAUAAGAACUCUGUCAGUUAUUGAUUGUGUGGCCUUAAUAAGAUUAUAAACUAUAUAUUAUAACGUACUACUAUACAUACGGAUACAGAUUACAGAUACAGAUACAGAUAUAUACAACUAUGCUUUUGUACCUAAUGAAUUGUGUAAUUGCUUCUUGUUUUCAUUGCUAAUCGUCUGCUUUCCGUGUGCUAAGUUUAUAUAUUAGUACGUGCGAUAUCGGCCGUGCAGAUAGAUUGCUCAACUCGCGAGUCGAACCUCGUUUGGUUGCACCCACACCGCACACCCUACACCCCACACCCACGGCAGACAUUUGUACAUAUACUGUCUGAUUGUAAGUCCCGUGUAAUACCUCCAUUGACACCAGUCCCUAGGCCCCACCCAUCCAUCCAUCGAACCCCGAAUCCAUGACUCAAUUCACUGCUCACGUGUCCAUGUCCAGAUAAGAAGCAAGAAUUUUUCCAUUUUUAGCCUUAACGUGUCAAACAUUAUCGAAGCCUUAAAGUUAUUUAAACUACGAAAAUUUCAAUAAAAACAAAUAAGAUCGCUAUCA